GUUCGCGAGCAUGUACUCGUCGGAGGCGGAUGAGUGGAGCGUGCCAGUAUGCCUCGACAGCGGCUGUGAAUCCUUUGUCCGGUACAUGGAGCGAGAGAGACUCGCAGACCACUACUACCACACACCCUAUCUCCAGCCUAGGCGAGGCGCCGUCGUCGGAGAUGGAGUCUACUUCACGCUUAGCCGGGGCAACGCCAUCGUCAAGUAUGAUCUGGGCAAGAAUCGCCUGUCCAUUGUCGACCCACCGUGCCGGGACGUGUACGAGGUUGCCCUCAUGGCCAUGGAGGACACUUCACUUGGCUUUGCCUGCCUCCAGGGCUCCAGCCUUUAUGUGUGGUCAAGGAAGGUGGAUGCUGAAGAACCUGCAGAGUGGGUACAGUGCAGGGUCAUCGAGCUAGAGAAAAUUAUACCUGUUGCCGAUCACGAGAAGGCGUCAAUUGUUGUUGGGUCUGCAGAGGGUGUGGGUGUCAUCUUCGUUAGCACGGAUUUUGGCUUGUUUAUGAUCAACCUCAAUUCCGGGCAGCCUAAGAAGGUUGACGAGCCUGGGGUCUACUUCAGCGUCCUACCCUACAUGAGCUUCUACACUCCAGAUCGUGGCAAAAUGUUGUCGCUGGCGAGGGCUAACUGAUCUCCGAUGUGCCGCACAGCAGUGGUGCGUUGCAUAAUGGACAAACCCAUCAUUUGGAGUCUGCUGCUGUUGCCCUUUUUUUGGAGCUACAACUAUCAAGCUGGUCUGUUUUUGCUGAGCAGUUUAAGCAUGACGUUUGCAAGCCCAUUGUGGUUGUUCUUGUACAAGGGUCCAGAUUCUGAACUGCUGGUUUUCCGUUUUCUCUUUAAAAGAAGAGGCUGGGGAUUUAGAUGACGAGGUGAUCUCUGCUGUUUUAUCAGUGAGAUGACGAGGUGAUCUUUGCUUGCAGUAAAAUUCAUCCUGAGAUCGCAGAGUUUCGAAUAAUAUCUAAUCGGGCGCACAUUCUUCAGUUAUGAGCAAUUGUACAUAGCAGUCAGAUAAAUACUGUAUCUGC